AUGAGCAAGAAGUUCAAGUCACAGGCCUCCGCCUCGAGCGCUCGUGCUGCUUCUGCUGCCUUUGGAUCGUCCUCGUCCCCCGCCUUCGGCUUCGGACCCGCGUCUCAGGGAUUCCAGACUGCGGCCUCCUCGCUAUCCUACGUCGCUGAACAACCAGAUCUUAGCACUGUCUCAAAUCCGAACCUGGUUGUCUCCCUUCGAAACCUUAGCAAGAAGGACAGCACUACAAAAGCCAAAGCACUUGAGGAGCUACAAGACUAUGUAAGCUCGUUGACCUCGGGUGACAACGUUGAUUCUGGCCUGCUGCAAGCAUGGGUCAAGUUAUACCCACGAACAUCCAUCGACAAUGCACGCAGAGUCCGCCAACUCGCACAUGCCCUACAAGGCUCCCUGACUGCUCUCUCCGGCAAGCGAAUGGCACCUCAUCUACCAAACGUGAUCGGAGCAUGGCUUUCUGGUUGUUAUGAUAAUGACAGGUUGGUGGCUCGAACUUCGCAGGAAUCGGUGGGAGUCGCAUUUGCCACAGAUGAUAAGAGACGGGCGCUGUGGAAAGUCUACAGGAAUGCCCUCCUUGACUACGCCAACGAUGCCAUCUUGGUUCAGACACCCAAAACCUUGAGCGAUGAACGGUCAACCACGCCAGAUGAUUCAGAGGCAAAGUUUGUUCGAGUAGCUGGAAAUGCUAUGCAAAUGCUCAGUCAGACUAUCAAGAUCAAUUUCGUCCAGGGGUCGGGGGGCAGCAAGCCUGACAUCUCUGAGAGUCUCGGAAGGAUUGUGGUGGACAAGAGACUUUGGGAGUUCUCGUCUCAUGAGGAUCCUAUUCUUCGGAGGGCUGUCUGUAACCUGGCAAGCAUAUGCGCAGAUACCAUCCCUGGACAGCUGGACUGGAAAAUCAUAAGUGCUUGCUUUGUUGGCAAAGCUCUGAACGGCAGCCAGCUGGGUUCGUCUCGUCAACUGUCAGAAACGCUUGUGGCUCUCACCUCAGUCCGGCCCGAGGUGUGGACCACAGAUUAUUCUUCCAAAACAGCGGCAUCCAAAAGACUGUUCCAGUACCUGCGCAAAGGCUCACAGCGAGGUCCGGCGGAUUUCUGGAUUGAUAUCGCGUUGCUCCUCAAAAAGAUUCCAGUCGAAGCCUGGAGCGCUGUCUCCGAUGAUGGCAAGGUCCAUGUCAAUGACACCACAACAUUACUUGAGUCCUUGAGGACGGGCAUAACCAGCAGUGACGAACCACGUCAAAAUCUCCAAGCUGCCUGGUCCACUUAUGUGGAUCUCUCCUUCUGGGCGAGCCACCUGUUAGGAGAUGAUCAGUCCAGAGCGUCGCUACUGGAGGAGAAUGUACUGCCUUUGGUUCGCCAAUAUGUUGUUCAAGAUCCUAAGCAAAAUACCUGGGACAUUCCGCGUACAUACAACGUCAAGAUUACGGCUUCGAUACUCAUAAGCCUCCUCCGCUGUGAUUACUACUCUUCGUUUGACAACGCUUGGGUCAAUUACUGUGAGCAACUCAGUACUAGCAUGAAGCUGUCUCUACCCGAGAGCUCGAAAGAUUUCGUGAAAUCACAGGACGAAGUGAUUGCGCAAGCCAACCGGAUGUUUCGCCUCAAGCCCCUUAUUGUUGGUGCCGAAUCUCUGUUGCCCACCGGGAAGGCGCAUGCAGUGGACGUCAUCCAAGAGUCGGAUAACUCUUUGAUCAAUGCCGCUUUGCAGCUCCUGAAAGCGCGCAACGGCAAGCCAUAUGGAGCAGCCGCUGUCCUAGAGGCUGUCACUUCUUCUAUGGAGACAAUAACGUCCAAUUCUCUGCGAGAAUUUCUCGACUCAGAUGCCAUCGAACUCCUCGGUAGCCCAUCCGCAGAGUACUUGUCCUUGAUCCUGCUGCAUUUCCAUCGGAAUCUGACACAAGCAUUCACCAAGUUGAUGGACGCAGAAAAGGGAGCCGGCGCCAAAGCACUUGCACGACUUCUGGGUCAAGCUACCGAAGAUGAUCUUUUGCAAAACCCUCACAUCGAGCCAUUCAUCAUCCGCCAGAUAUCGUCACAACUCGAAAACGGCUUUGCACAAGAUAAUGUGAGAAGUGUACUGAUGAAUGCCCAACUUGUUCGAUCCAAUUUGCACAAGAAUUGCUGCCAGGCGAUACUAAUUCAGCUAUCGCCGGGCGCCGAUCCAGUGUCACAGCUCGCAGUUCUUCGCUUCCUGCUCAAUAUGUUCAGCGAUCACCGAUCCGCCUCUUCUCUCUUUUCUGAGGGUAUAGGGAACAUGAUUCUCUCGAAGCUACUCGUUCUCUCCGAUUCAGACAACGUGCAAAUAGCCGAAUUGGCAACCUCGCUUAUAAACAACAUCAAAACAUUGCCUACCGGAGCAUCAUCCACAGUAGCUACUUCUGCUGCAGUCAUUGCAGAUCAACUCUCUGGGAGCGGCAUCCCUCUUUCCAUCUUUUCACUCAUUGACCUUGCCAAGGACACUCUCAGAACCUCGCCAUCCCUCGAAUCUGGCGUGGUUGCCGCCCUCAUCCCGUCUGCUAAUCAGUGGAGUGACGCCCUCGCAGCUCAUAUAAGCGCUCCGCCACCUCUUUCACUCUCGAUCACAAAUCCUCUUCACGGACUCGUCUUUAUGAUUCGGCCAGUGGGUGCUGUCACAAACAAGAAGCAGAUCAAAGACUCCGACGAAUUUUCUCUCCUAUUUCGACUGGUUCUCUACGUGACGAAGAUGUUGCUUGACACCGAUUUGUUGAGCUAUCAAUCAGAGGAACAACUUGAAACACUGUACACUUAUUAUCCCCUUGCUCUGCAAUUCGUCAAUCAGAAGUUGACCCUGGAGGCUGCAGGUGAUCUCUGGCAGAACACGAGCGAUGAGGUCACGGAAGAGGCUGCGGAAUCCCUUGCGCAAGGAAAUUCUUUGGUUCAAAAAUGGGCGCGAGAUGAUAAGAUGCUGAGAAUCUGGAUUGAAAAGAUUCGUUCGACAAAGCUUUUAGACCCGCAGGCUUUCUACUACAGCUUGACGUUUACCGACGUGGGGUUACGUUCCAUCGACGAACAUGGCCUUGCAUCAAUCACGUCCACCCUCAAAGAGGAAAUGAAGGACAUGUACCGGUCGGAAGAGGUUGCGCGGUCAGCCAGUCUGAUUUGCACUUGUCGGGACUACCUCAUCAGCUCACCAGAAGGGCGCAAACUGCUCAAUGAACUGAUUGCCAUGGGAACCGACUUGAAGCUUUCGUCCACAGUCGAAAGCGGCCUACAGGCACUGGUUCUACUAGACCUUCUCCUAAAUGGACAGUCCGAAUCAUUGGAGAUCAUCCCUAGCCAACGACAGAUCUUCCUGAUGCAAACUCUUGAGCGUGUGGCUGGCGAUGCAUCUGCCGGUCUGGCCUGUCAAACGAUGGCCAUGAAACUUCUCGAACCGGUUGUUACAGCUACCAAAGACAUCUAUGGGGAUCACUGGGGACGCAUCCUGCAAAACCUGGUGUCUCUUUGGCGAGACGGCAGUGACUUGAACAACGAUCUUCCUCUCCUACAUGCAUCACUUCGAGUAUACGGACGACUGAGGGAUCUUGCCAAUGCUGAAGAUGCGAAUGAAGACCUUAUUGAAGCCUGGAAAGCCUCACGACCGUCUCUGGAAGAGGGUUUGUUACACUGCCUGCACGGCUUCGAUAGACCCAGCAACGAGAUUAACCAACCCCGCCAGAUUACAGCUGAACUGCUUCGACGACAACUCUCACAUAUCGACGUGCGGCCUGAUAAAGAUUUAUACUCCUUCUUGUCGUCGCCGGAGGCGCCGGUACGGAGAGCUGCUUACGACCUUCUGCACCGAUCAAUCCCCUCUGAGCAGGAGCAGACGUCGUUAGACGUUGCCCUGGAGUCAAAAGUUGCUCAUCUCCCGCCAGAACUCUUGGGGGUGCUAUCGGACACUGCAAACCCCUCUGAUCCAGGGGUCGCGGCCUCGCGGCAGAUUUAUUUGCUUUCCUGGCAUUUGGUAUUCGACCACUUUCCAACAGCUUCGUACAAGCUCCGUGAUUAUUAUGUUACAGACAUCAAAGAGAAAGCCAUACUCGGAAGUCUUCUUGACUUACUUUGCGAUAUUUGCCGAAUCACGAGUAGCCGCCCACUCGAUGCGUCGAAGAUCGACAUUAAAUCUUUUGAACUUGGGACCAGUGAAACAGAUGAACAAGAGGAGCAGCAUCUCGCUAUGCACCUUUACUAUUGUUGUCUAUUAUAUCUUCCUGGGCCUACACGAAGUUGGUUCAUUGAACAAAAGAAUCGAAUCAAGUCGCCGUUGGAAGCCUGGACCCAGAAAUACUUCGCUCCAGCCUUGAUAUCGGCCGCGGCUGGAGCGGUCAGCGACUGGGUACGAACUCAGUCGCAAGACGAAGCCGAUGCUCCGUUGACGGUCAAAACAUCGUUGAGUGGCUCUGAAGUGGUGGCGUCGAUUGCCGUAGAUCCUGAGUCGCCGGCCAUAUCUUUGGCGAUAUCGCUACCGAAAACCUAUCCUCUGGAUUCCCCAACCGUGUCUUCGCGCACUCGAGUGGGUGUCUCAGAGAAGAACUGGCAGUCUUGGUUGCGAACCUUUCAAAUUAUCAUAUUCAGCACCGGCAGCAUUGUAGAAGGCCUCGUUGCCUUCCGGCGCAAUGUCCAGGGCGCGCUGAAGGGGCAGAGUGAAUGUGCCAUCUGUUAUUCGAUCAUCGGGACGGAUAUGCAAACGCCUAACAAACGAUGUGGAACCUGUCGUAACACCUUCCAUGGAGCUUGUCUCUUCCGAUGGUUCAAGAGUUCCAAUAGCUCCAGUUGUCCUCUAUGUCGCAACAACUUCAACUACGCCUAG